AUGGCAGGGUUAUAUGACAAGCAGGCAGCAAUUUAUUUGGAUGCAAGGCCAAGAUAUCCAAAAGAAUGGUUCUCAAUGCUGGCUGCUCUCACCCCUGACCACUCUUUAGCUUGGGAUGCUGGCACUGGCAAUGGUCAAGCAGCUAUUGAUGUUGCGGAGUAUUACAAACAAGUGAUUGCAACUGACAUAAGUGAAGAACAGUUAAAGCAUGCCAAACAACAUCCCCAAGUACAAUACUUGCACUCUCCAUCGUCAAUGUCUGAUGAUGAACUAGUGAACUUGAUUGGGGGUGAAAAUUCGGUUGAUUUAGUUACUGUGGCCACAGCUGUGCAUUGGUUUGACCUAGAAAAAUUCUAUCCUGUCGUCAAGCGAGUGUUAAAGAAGCCUGGAGGGGUAUUUGCUGUUUGGACCUAUAAUAUCAUGCAAGUUAGCCCAGAAAUGGAUCCUCUAUUAUUGAAAUUCUACGAGGGAAGUUUUCCUUUUCAAAACCCAAAAGUCAAGUAUGCAUUUGAGUGUUACAAGGCACUUCCAUUUCCUUUUGAAAGUGUAGGUGUAGGUUGUGAGGGGCAGCCACUAGAAUUAGACAUGCCGAAGGAGACAUCAUUUGAGGGACUUUUGAAGCUGUUGAGUUCAGCUUCAGCUGUGAAUACAGCAAAGCAACAAGGUGUGAAUUUAUUAUCUGAAGAAGUUGUGAAGGAACUUGAAAGUGCUUGGGGUGGGCCUGAAUUGGUUAGAACUAUCAAUUACAAGGCAUACAUGCUUGCAGGAAAGGUUGCUAAGCACUACAAGCAAGUGAUCGCAACUGAUAUAAGUGAAGAACAGUUAAAGCAUGACAUACCACAUCCCCAAGUUCAAUAUCCCAUUGUCAAUUUUGAUCUUGAAAAGUUCUAUCCUAUUGUCAAGCGUGUUCUAAGAAAGCCAGGAGGCGUCCUCGCAGUUUGGGGCUAUAACAUCAACAUCAUCCAAGUUAGCCCAGAAUUUGGUCCUCUCUUGAACAACUUGUUUGAGAAAACUUAUCCUUUUCAAAACCCAAAUCGAAUGUAUGCAAUUGAUGCUUACGAGGCACUUCCAUUUCCAUUUGAAAGUGUAGGAGUAGGGUGUGAGGGGCAGUCAAUGGAGUUAAACAUGCCACAGGAGAUUUCAUUUGAGGGACUUUUGAAGUUGUUAAGGAAAAGUGAAGCUGUGGAUGAAAAUGGUUGUAUUGCUUUGUUUUUAGAGUUUUGGAGCUCUAAAUCUCAUGUACAAGAAGGUCUAUGGUGGAAGCAGCAGCUGGUGCGGAUUGUAGAAGAUGGGACGAAGGAGCAGGUGAUGAAACCCAAACAAAGUUUGUUUCAAAGUCUUUGUGUUGGCCCAGAAGUUGAUCCUCUCUUGAACAACUUGUUUGAGAAAACUUAUCCUUUUCAAAACCCGAAUCGAAUGUAUGCAAUUGAUGCUUACAAGGCACUUCCAUUUCCAUUCGAAAGUGUAGGAGUAGGGUGUGAGGGGCAGUCAAUGGAGUUAAACAUGCUACAGGAGAUGUCAUUUGAGGGACUUUUGAAGCUGUUAAGGUCAUUCUCACCCGUCAUUACAGCUAAGGGAGAAGGUGUGGAUUUAUUGUGUGAGUCAAGGAACUCGAGAGGGCUUGGGGUGGGAAUGAUCUGA